AUGACUUGUUUCCUGCAAAAUGUAUCUGUUGAUUGCAACGAACUCCGGAAUUAUCGAACGAUGUGGGGCAUCGUCUAUAGCUGUCUCCUUACUGUGUUUGCUUGCAUUUGGACAGCAGCGCACCCAAAUCUACCACAUUCCGAUGGUGAUGCCUCGGUGUUUGAAUCGCGCGUUAGCUUGAUGAUCAUUUCACUGGUUUCACCGGAGUUGACUCUGAUGAACGCAUGGGACCAAUUUGUGGCAUCUCGGAUAAUAUCAAAAAAAUGCAAGAUGGUCGAAGGGUGGACCUUGACGCAUUCAUACUUUAUUGUCAUGAAUGGUUUCUUCGACCCGUCAACACGAAGCGCUGUGGGCCUGGAUGACUUGCAGCAAUACCCCAAAAUAAUUGAGAAGACCGGGGAUACUAGAAAGGCCGCAACAGCAAGGAAGGAAAUUCUCGAUAGAAGCAAAGGCGAUGCGUUUUCCAAAAUUAUCAUUGUCCUUCAACUACUAUGGUUUAUUACUCAAUAUGUCGGACGAUGGGCAAGCCAUUUGCACAGAUCGCAACUCGAGACAAUGACGCUCGCGUAUGCGGCAUUAAGUCUCGUUCUUUAUGUGUUGUGGUGGCAUAAACCCGUUAACAUUCAAUUCCCAAUCCAUGUGACCAAAGAGUCCCCUUCUGUUCCUCCGACCUCCGAGACAAAUGUCGAUCAACCAACACCUAAAAUGGAGACUGAUGCAGAUCCGAUGUCCCUCGUGCAGGUGUCUGAGCCCAAGUUUAACGACUCCUUGUUCAUAUUCACAGCCACUGGGAUGAUCUUUGGGGGAAUCCAUUGCCUUGCAUGGUCGUUUCCCUUUCCGACACGCACGGAGAUGAUUCUAUGGCGGGUUUCAGCGAUAUAUGUCACAGUGGCUCCCGCCUUUCUAUUUUUGGCCGUGUUGGCUGAGCAUCAUAGUCAUCUUGAUGAAGCUAUUUAUGUGAUUAUAGCAGUGCUUAUUCCACUUUACGCUGCUGUGCGGGUCAUCCUCCUUGUUCUGACCUUCAGUUCUUUGCGUUCACCUCCACCUAGUCUAUACCAGACCCCAUCUUGGUCAUCAUUCCUCCCGCAUUUUGGAUAG